AUGGAGGAGAAACCCGCAAAAUCAUUAGAAAAUGCACGAAAUGAACUGAUCGAUUCAUUGCGAGAAAACAAUGCGGAGAAUGCGAAACGACUUCUGCAGAAAUACGAUAUUCUUCGGUCCAAAAAAGAUGAUUUCUGCAUUUCACAGCACGAAGAAGAUGCAGUCGCUCAGGAUGAUGUAAGUUUUUUUUUUUGUGAUAUUCCUGCUUACGCUAUUGCUUGGAAUCGCUAA